UCUCUGCCCAUCACCAACAUGGCUGCCCUGGCGAUAGCCGCUCCUGCCCGGCACCAACGUGGCGGACGCUGACGUCAUAGAACAGCGCCAGUUGCCCCACGCGCUGCACGUGGAGUCGGAUUCGGGAAACUUUCAGGUUGGGCCAUGGAUACACCGCGGAGGCGCAGCCGGCGGCUGGAAGGCCUAAAGCCUGAAUCCACCGAUCGUCCCACCUCAGUUUUGCGGGCGAGACGGGUCCUUGUGGAGUUUGAGUUGAACCCAGAAGAAACGAGAGAGCCCGAGUCUCCUCGGAGUGUGCGGCAACCCGGCCCGGGAUCCCCCAGACGUCAGCCGGUGACAUACCCGGGAUCACCCAGUCUACCGCAGGGGGCAGGCCUGGGGUCCCCCCGCAGGGAGGCAGAUCCGGGCUCAGGGCCCCCCCAGAGUCAGCAACAUCCAGGCCUGGAGUCGCCCCGAAGACAGGAGGAGUCGAGUCCCGAAUCCCUCCGACGUCAGCUAAAGCCAAGUGGGGAGUCACCACAGUUCUUCCAGAGCCGUGAAGAACCGGACGCGGAGGUGGCCCGCAGUAAGGAGGCGCUAGUGCCGGGGUCUCCCGGACAUCAGUUGCAGCCGGGCCCGGGAUCACCAGAGCCUUACCCGGGUCAGCGAGCCCCAGGUCCGGAGCCCUCGCCGCCACUACAGGAGCUGAAACCCCAGUCAUCCGGCUCCCCUCGGGGUCAGCACGAGCCGAGCAAGCCACCUCCCGCCGGGGAGCCGGGGAGAGACGGCCUAGGGCCAAAGAAGCGAAAAGGAUCUUCAGACCAGGCCCCAGCGCCCAAGAAGUUGAAGGAGGAGAUGGAGGUUCUUGUAAUCCCGAAGGGAAAGCCCAAAUCGGGGCGGGUGUGGAAGGACCGCUCCAAGAAGAGGUUCUCCCAAAUGGUUCAGGACAAGCCCCUGCGCACAUCCUGGCAGCGGAAGAUGAAGGACCGGCAGGAGAGGAAGCUGGCCAAGGCCUUUGCCCGGCACCUGGAGGAGGAGAAAGAGAGGCGCCGGCAGGAGAAGAAGCAGCGCCGAGCCGAGAACCUGAAACGCCGCCUGGAAAAUGAACGCAAGGCAGAGAUUGUCCAAGUGAUCCAAAACCCCGCCAAGCUCAAGCGGGCGAAGAAGAAGCAGCUGCGCUCCAUCGAGAAGCGGGACACCCUGACUCUGCUGCAGAAGCAGCCACCCCAGCGGCCGGCCGCCAAGGUCUGAGCUCAGGACAGCCCGGAGGCCUCCUGUAGCCAACCACCGUGUGGGACACGGCACCUCUCGGGCCACUGGUCACGCACCUCUGCUGGGCCUGCCACUCCCAACUCUGGCUCCAAAACAGGGACCCCACCUCUGAUGGGGCUCUGAGCCUUUGAGGGGUCUGGGGCAGGUCUUUGUGGGACAGAGGCCCAGAGGGAGCCUGGGACCUGGCAAAGCCUGUGGGCCAGGAAGAGGUUCAGCUCCCUCCUCUCCCCUUCUCCUUCUCCAAGUGCCUUCAAAGCAAGGAGAGUGAAUUCUUCUGGUUCCUCAGGGAGCUGGUGACUCCCCAAAAUGUGUAUGUUUCUCUCAAGGUCCUGCAUCUAGCCCAGGCCAGGAGGCUGGCAGUCAGGAAUCCAGCUCCCCCACACCUUCCCGUGAGCUGUUUUGGAUACCUCUGUACCCCCCUGACCCCAUCACCCAGCAAACUGAAUCCAGCUCCACCCCACUUUUCAACACUGAAAGAGAAAAAUGGGGAGGUUGCAGGGAGCAGGGUUCCUCUCUAGCACCCUCCUUCCUGUACCAGACUCUGCAGAAGCCCCGAAGAUCUGAUUAACUCAUGCCCAGUUAGUCUUCAAUAAAGUAUUUAUUGAAUGCCUGCUGUGUACAGGCAUAGUUCUAGGUACCAGGGAAUAUAGACAACGGACAAAAAUUCCUGUCCUCAAGGAGCUUUCAUUCUGAUGGAGAAAACAUAAUAAGCGAGUAAAAUAUAUUGUGUGUCA